CUCAACGCCGCUGGUUUGGCUUUGGGUUUUGGGAUUUUUUUCCCGAUUGACACGCACACACAGUACACACAGUCCACGGCUCGUUAAGCCGUCGUAGUUGCCGCAGCACAAGUGCCUUUAAUUCAAUUCUUCCACCCCCAAAGAGCCCACCCGCUGUCCGUCAUGUCGACCUAGCCAUCGGAGGAACAGCUUCCAAGUGUCCAGAUACCAAAACUCACUACUAGAUUGGCCGAAAACGAAAGGAGUCGACGUAUAACAAAUAACACACCUGCCCAGCCAGCCUAGCGAGUCUCAGAUCCUUGAAAAAUGUCACCCAAGGACGGCAGUUUGGGCGAUGCCAAAUUUGGCAAAUAUACGGUCAACCAUGCACCGCCUCCUCCAGUGACAUCAGAGCAACCAUCCGUCAAUCCGGGCCAGAAUCCAAGCCAGAACCAAAGCCAGGACAAGAUCAAGGCCCAGGAUAAUGGCAAGGAGAAGGAGAGUGCCGGAACAAUGCCCGUGAAGCGCACUUGGCGUGAAAAGAUCCGCCUGGUGGCCAACAAUAUCACCGUAGAACCGAUCCUGGCCGCCUACAUUAUGCCCAGUGUGCUCUCCAAUCUGGCCACCCAGAACCUCAAUCUGGAGAAGGCCUGUCGCGUGAACAUGGCCUAUGGGGAUGAGGUGUGCGAUGCCCUCACUCGUCGCCAGACUGCCAAUUACACACUGGAAGAGGAAACCAUACAGCAAAUGGUGGCUAGAAUGGCCGCCUGGAAGACAGUGAUCCAGAGUCUGUUCCCCUGCCUGCUGAUCCUGUUCUGGGGCUCGUGGAGUGAUCGUCAUCGCCGGCGAAAGCCCUGCAUUCUCAUCCCGGUGGUGGGCGAGUUCCUGGGCGUGGUUGGCCUCAUGCUCUGUGUCUACUUCGAGCAGGCGCCCAUGGAGGCAGCCGCUCUAACGGAGGCCAUCUUCCCCUCGCUGAGUGGCGGUUGGUUCACCAUGCUAAUGGGCGUCUUUAGCUAUAUAGCGGAUAUAACCACGGAGGAGGAGCGAACCCUGAGGAUUGGCAUACUCAAUGUCUGCUUCUCGGUGGGUGUGCCCAUUGGCAUGGCUUUCAGUGGGGUUCUGCUCAAGCAAAUUGGUUUCUACGGCGUCUUCUCUAUAUCGGCUGCCUUCUAUGUCAUUGCCUUUGUCUAUGGCUUCUUCUUUCUGGAUGAGCCGGUGGCCCGACCGGAGAAGACUCCCGAGCAGAAGAGCCUCUUGGCUGACUUCUUUGACAAGGAGCAUGUGGUGCAGACAUUCCGUGUGGCCUUCCAGCGGGGUGAGAAUCAACGCCGGAAGCGUGUCAUCCUUCUGAUGAUCGUGGUAAUGGUGAUCAUUGGCCCGUUGCACGGUGAGAUGGCUGUGUCGUACCUGUUCACCCGUUUCCGCUUUAAUUGGUCAGAGGUGGAGUUUAGUUUCUUCUCCACCUACGCCAUGUUCACUGGCCUCAUUGGAGUCAUCUUCUGUGUGGGUGUGCUUUCGCACAAACUGAACAUUGAUGAUGCUUUGGUGGGUGUGCUGUCCAGCACCUCGAAGAUUCUGUCCUCCUUUGUGUAUGCAUUUGCCACACUGCCCUGGCACAUGUAUCUGGGCGGUCUGGUGGAGAUCUUCAAUGGCACAGCCUUUAUAGCAAUGCGUUCGAUAGCCACCAAGCUGGUCUCCAAGGAUGAACUGGGCAAGGUGAACUCUCUGUUUGGUGUGGCAGAGGCCCUUAUGCCCAUGGUUUUUGCCCCUAUGUAUACCACAUUGUAUGCAGCCACGCUGCGUGUCCUGCCGGGUGCCUUUUUCCUGCUAGGCGGUGGCCUGACCAUGUUCUCUGUGAUCAUAUUCCUGUGGAUGUACCGCUUCCAGGUGAGACAGAGGGGAAAACUGGGCCGCGCGGAUGCGGAGCGUGCCUCUGUCAAGGAUCCCAAUGGCAAUAUCAAUGCCAUUGAAGCCUUGGCCCUGGCCAGCGAGGCCAAGGGUCAGAUGAAUGGCAUUGUGGCGAAUGUGAUACACGAGUCCCUGGAGCAUGCCACUGAUCCGCAUCCGCCGGCUAAGCCAGAGCCGGUGACUGUCGUUGCCACAAUCACCACCGAAGGAGGCAUUGAGAAUCCUGGCUACAUACAGGAGGAGGCCAAGGAUAAAGCCUAGGCGUUAUGGAGCAGAACCUCCUAUUCUUGUACAUACACACAUUUCGUGGGAUUAGCCAAGGCAGGGCAGGAGUUGGACAGGAUCUCUCUCAAACACAUUUCAAAUUAAUGCAUAAAUUAAUAACAAAUUGAAAUAGUUGAAUUUGGUAUCGUUUUCAUAAUCAUUUUUGGCUUCCAGAGAGAGAGAGAGUCACAGCCCGAGUGCUUCUCCCAAUCCUGUCCCUGACUCCUCCAUUCUUUCCCCGUUCACCUAACCAAUGUGUACAAUUACAAAUAUUAUCCUUUAAUCAUAUAUAUUUUUUUUUUGUAUUUAGCCUUAAG